GAGGGGUGCGAGGGAGGGACGAGAGACAUAAAUGCUGGUGCCUGCGGGGGACUGCAGCCAGUGACUCGCACGAAACGAUCCUCAGGUGGCCCUCACCCCCGACACACACGCACGAAACCCUCCAGCCAAGGAGCAGCAACAUCAGCUUACCGAACUGAGAAGAAACUAAGAAGCAAAAAAGUAAGAAAGGGCAAACGAGACAACCGUCAUGGACAGCGAAGAGUACCGCAGAAGGGGCAAGGAGAUGGUCGAUUACAUCGCCGACUAUCUGCAGAACAUCCGCGACCGACGCGUCUUCCCGGCCGUCAAGCCCGGCUACCUGCGCCGCCUCAUCCCCGCCGCCGCCCCCGACGAACCUGAACCCUGGGAAACCAUCUUUUCUGAUGUAGAAAGGGUCAUCAUGCCCGGGGUCACUCACUGGCAGAGUCCGCACAUGCACGCCUACUUCCCAGCCCUGAACUCGUACCCUUCGCUCCUUGGUGACAUGCUGGCAGACGCAAUCAACUGUCUCGGCUUCACCUGGGCUUCAAGUCCAGCGUGUACAGAGCUGGAGACGGUGGUUAUGAACUGGUUGGGCCAAAUGGUGGGCCUGCCCGAGGACUUUUUGCACCUGCGCGGUGACAGUCCCGGCGGCGGCGUCAUCCAGACGACGGCCUCCGAGGCCACGUUCGUCUGCCUGCUUGCCGGCCGCACCGAGGCCAUCAGGGGCUACCAACAGCAGUAUCCCGACUUGGAGGACGCUGAGAUCAACAGCAGGCUUGUCGCCUACUGCUCUGACCAGGCGCACUCGUCAGUGGAAAAAGCGGGGCUGAUCGGCCUGGUGAAGAUGCGGUACAUCGAGUGCGACGACAACCUGAGUCUCCGCGGCGACCGGCUGAAGGAGGCGAUCGCGCACGACCGCGAGAAGGGCCUCAUCCCCUUUUUCCUGUGCGCCACGCUCGGCACGACCGGCGCCUGUGCCUUUGACAACCUCAAGGAGCUCGGCCCAAUUUGUCAAGAAGAGCAGAUGUGGUUGCACGUGGAUGCAGCAUACGCGGGCACGGCAUUCAUCUGCCCUGAAUUCAGGCCGUGGUUGGAGGGUGUCGAGUUUGCCAACUCGUUCGCAUUCAACCCCAGCAAGUGGAUGAUGGUGCACUUCGACUGCACCGCUCUCUGGGUAAAGAACAGCGGCGCCUUGCAUCGCACAUUCAACGUGGAGCCCCUGUACCUUCAGCACGAAAACUCGGGUCUUGCUAUCGACUACAUGCACUGGCAGAUUCCCCUUAGCAGACGCUUCCGAGCGCUCAAGUUGUGGUUUGUGAUCAGAAACUUCGGAGUUCAAGGGCUUCAGCGACACGUGAGGGAGAGCGUGCGUCUGGCGCACAAGUUCGAAUCGCUGGUGCGGAGCGACCCGCGCUUCGAGAUGGCUGCUGAGCGGCACUUGGGCCUCGUGUGCUUCCGUCUGUGCGGCGAGAACGAGCUGACGGAGCGGCUGCUGAAGAAGCUCAACUCGGGCGGGCAGCUGCACUGCGUGCCGGCGUCGCUGUGCGGUCGCUACGUCAUCCGCUUCACGGUCACCUCGCAGUACACGACGGCGGCCGACAUCGCCAAGGACUGGAGCAUCGUCAGGGCCACCGCCUCGCGCGUCCUCGACGAGCUUAAGCAGCAGCAACAACAGCGGCCGCCGCCGCUGCUCGCCGAGGAGGCCGCCCCCGAGGCCAGGGCCAAGGUGCGCCUCGCAGAGACUCGCGAGAAAAAUGCAGAUUUCGGAUCCAGUCUUCUGCUGGCCAACUCGCCGAUGUCACCAAAAAUCGUCAAUGGAAGCUUCGCCGCUAUUUUCGACAACUCGGACGUGCUCAGGGAGUUCGCGCGCAAGUUUUCUCAGCUGCGGCUUGACGUCAAGGACAGCCCAGCAAUGCGUCGUCGUAUCCGCGGCAUGAUGAUGUCCGGCAAGCAGUUUUCGCUCGACUCUCGCAUGGAUCUGGUUCAGAGCAGUUUGGUCCGCGGGGAUCCGUCGAUGCCCCUGAUGCGUGAGGCCUCCGUCGAGUCGGAGCAGAGCCUCGAAGCCGGAGAGACUGGCCAUAAUUGCAAAGGUUACUUUCAAGGCGGCGAGCGGUCGAGGUCAUUCGACGGCCCUGAGGAAAGUUGCAUCCUGGAGGAAGAGGAGGGCGAAGAUGGCCGGAAAAUGUGUCGCCGUUGCGGCACCUGCCUCGCCUCGCAGGCCGCCGAGUAAAUCUGUAUCUUUCCGCUUCUUGCACACAACCCAGCCCGGCCGAAAACGCCGAGACGGAUCCAGUCGAUUCCUAUUAAAUGUACUAAUUAAAGAAUAUAUAAAAUAAUAAUAAAUAAUAUUGCUGUUCUCGUCGUGCAUGCAAGUAGCCUGUAGUCGACAUUAUGCAACACGCGCGACCGUGGAGUCCGACCGGUUGCAUAACAUUUAAAAUAAUUCCAUGUUCAAUACAAAUAACCAUAUAAAUGUGAUCUCCUCACUUUCCAUCUCAUGAAAUUAUUCAAAACAUUACACUGCUGUGCAAGGACAAAUGAUUAGGUGAAUAGGAAAUUCGUAAAUAAAAUACUUCAAGGUAUCAAAUUUGAAUGUAUCGUUAAAAAGUGUGUAGAGAGUGUCUAUUGUACGCUGGGGAAAGAAUAAAAAUAAAUCCUUUUGAGUUGUCUUGAACGUGUGCCCUGAUGACGAAUCAGGCACUGGUGGUAGUAGCAAUAAAAUAAUAACUGUUUCGUGUGCCGCGAGAA